GUCUGCUCGGAACACGGCGUCACGUGAUGUGGACCUCGGGCUGCCUGGAAGCUGCCUGAGCUUGCUCCGCUGUAAGAGGCGCGCGAAGCGAGCUGCUGGAGCCCCGGCUGCCUUCGGGCUGUUUCUGCCUUGGGAAGAUAUCCGGAGAUCCAUGGCCUCGACGACGCUGUCCGGGCGACCCUUGCUGCAUGUAUCCACUAGACUAGUGUCUCUGAGCCUUCACUAGCAUCUCCGCUGCCAACGGAGACCUCAGUUAUGUCCGCCCAUCUCGCGGGCUGCCGGUCGCGUCCUUUUUCCCUUUUCAGCUUUGUGACUGUUUGCAGCUGAGGUCCACAAGACGCGCUGCGUUGUUUCUAAGCCGUCGGAAUCCGAGGAGGACUUGCUCGCGUUGGCUUCAUCAGGCAUUGCCAGCCUUGGGGAUCCUUUUCAGCCCCUCCGUCCCCUCCCUCCUUCUAGAUGGCUUGCAAACAUGUUCAAACGAUUCCCAUAACGCUGUUGGAAGACGCCAGGUCGAGUUCUCAAAAGUGCCUUGAACAAAGUUAGCCACCUUACCAGCAACAUGGUGCUAUCGUUUCUGAAGUGUGUGCAAGAACUUCUGCUCAUCUUUGCCUUGUGUUUUGCCUCUUCCUGGUCGAAUGACUUUCUCUACCAUGACUAUUGUAUUAUUGGGGCCGGCCCUUCAGGCUUGCAGAUGGCCUAUUUCCUUCAACAUGCAGGUCGGAACUACGUUGUCUUUGAACGUAGAAAUACACCAGGGCACUUUUUCACCUUGUAUCCCCGUCAUCGAAAAUUGAUCAGCAUCAAUAAACGUUACACGGGCAAAUCAAACAGUGAAUUCAACCUUCGCCAUGAUUGGAACUCAUUGCUUAGCCACAAUAACCAACUGCUUUUUCGACACUACUCUCAGGAUUUCUUCCCUGAUGCCGAUACUAUGGUGCAUUAUCUGGCUGAUUUUGCUUCCAAACUAGCCCUCCAUGUGCACUAUAACACAUCCAUUGUACUUGUGAUGCUGGAAAAAGAUCCCAAGGCUUGGAAUGGUCAUUACUUCAUCCUCAGAGACCAAAAUGCUAAGAAUUACAAAUGCAGUGUUCUUUUGGUGGCCACGGGUAUGUGGGUUCCUCACGAAGUAAACUUUCCAGGUUCAGAAUAUGUUGAAGGUUACGAAUCCGUGUCAAUCAAUCCAAAAGAUUUUGUUGGACAGUCUGUAUUGAUCUUGGGUCGGGGAAAUUCUGCCUUUGAAACAGCAGAGAACAUUCUGGGUGUCACCAAUUUUGUACACAUGGUAGGCCGAUCUCGAGUUCGUCUUUCUUGGGCUACUCAUUACGUUGGAGAUCUGAGAGCAAUUAACAAUGGGCUCUUAGAUACAUACCAGUUAAAAUCUUUGGAUGGACUUAUAGAGGGGGAUCUAGAAGACUUAGUUCUCAUCAAAGACAGAAAAGGAAAGCUGCAUAUCACCCUUCGGUUCUACUUGGAGAACAGCAAUAGCAGUGACCCAGAAUCUGUCACUCUUCCACAGGAUGAAUUAGACAACUUUGCCACUCGGGCACCUUAUGACCGUGCCAUUCGCUGCCUGGGUUGGAAGUUUGACUUUUCCAUAUUCAACAAAUCUGUUGGUUUGAUGCAUGGCAAAGGCAGUAAGAAGAAGUAUCCUUUGAUCAAGCCCAGCUAUGAAGCCAAAGCUACUCGAGGCCUCUUUCUUCUCGGAACUGCAAGCCAUUCAGUGGAUUUUAGGAAAUCUGCUGGUGGUUUUAUUCAUGGCUUCCGAUACACAGCCCGUGCAGUUCAUCGUUUACUAGAAGUCCGUCACCACAAAGUGCCCUGGCCAGCCUCCAACUAUCCUGUUGUGCAGUUAACAAAUGCUAUUGUCAGACGGGUGAAUGAGGCAUCUGGGCUCUAUCAGAUGUUUAGCGUGUUGGCAGACGUCAUUUUGCUGAAAGAGAAUGCUACAAAAUUUGAAUACCUGGAGGAGUAUCCAGUUGGAGUCCUACAAGAUCUGGAGUGGCGCACAGGAAGAAAGGUGCAGGAUGGACUUUUUGUCAUUAUAAUGGAGUAUGGAAAGAAUUUCUCUGGUCCGGACAAGGAUGUCUUCUACUAUAACCGUGCAGUAGGAGAGCCAGAACACGCUUGGCAGUCUAACUUCCUGCAUCCUGUAAUUUAUUAUUAUAAGCAACUUCCCACUGAACGUGAAAUGAGACUUUGCCCUCCAGAUUGGCCCUUGCCUCGCCCAGAUGCAAUCCAUCACAUUGUGGAAGAUUUCCUGACUGACUGGACUGCACCAAAUGCACAUGUCCUCCCACUGAGACGUUUCUUGGAGAAUUGCCUUGAAACUGACUUGCGCAGAUUCUAUGCAGAGUCCUGUUUUCUGUUUGCCUUCACUCACUUGAGGCUGCCUCCCUUCUGCCAGCAAGGGUACAUGAGAAAGCAAGGGCUUGUGAGAAGUGAAAAGCUUCAGCAUCACAGAGUAGCGGCAGAGCUGAUUGAACAUGCAGCUAUGAAGUCGCAAGAUGAACAAGAGAGUGGCACUAUGCAAUCCCACAACCAGCUGCUGAAAAGUGCAAAGAUAUCCAGUCAUCAGCUGCAGUAUCUUACAAGCACAAAGGAUGAACUUUAGCUUCCACCCAACUAUUUCAAAAUUAACAAGCGUUACAGCCACAAUACCAUGGCAAAGAUCUGCAAAGGAGCUCCAGCGUCCAGUAUUCCUAAUCAUUCCUAGAUGAGGACCACAUCUCAUCCGUACCAUGUUCUUGCACAAAUUUGUAGAUCUUUAUGAACAUGAAUGUUUACUUUUCUGGGUGGGACUGAACAGAUUAGACUUUAAUGUGGGAAAUCUUACGCAUUUGAGAAGAGUGUCUCUAGGCCAUUAAGAAUGAAUAGCUGAGCCUGGCUCCUUUUCUACCAGAUUUUCAAGAUGCACUGUUGUUAGAAUCAUUAGUGUGUUCUGUAGAACUGGCAUUGAAUGCCAGCCUGCUUAUUUCAAGACAGAAUGUUCUUGCAUGUUAGCAGAGUUUCUGUUUGCACUAUGUUCCACUUUAGUUUAGUCAUGUGUUUCCUAUUUUAUGUAUUUUUCAUAUUUUUAAGGUAAAAGUAGGUUAAGAAUACUGUCUGCACUUUUUUGAACCUUUACCUCCAAUGCAUCGAUUACUCUGACUUCCAUUGAGUUGUGUGCAGCAAACUGGAAAUAAUCCAAGCUCAUUUCUUAUUUAUACCUUCUGUUUGAUGGAUAGAAUGAAUGACAUUCAUACACCAUCAUCUUCUGUCUCAGCAGACCACGUAAGAAAUCUUUGCUUUGAUUCCUGACACACACACUGCCUCAAUAUGAUGCCCUCCAGAUUCAUGAACUACACUUCCCAAAAUUCUCAGCCAGACAUUGUCAUGGCUAAAAAAUUAGGGAAGAAAAAAUCUAGCAAGUCCGAAAGCUAUUAAGAUGGGGAAACAGCUGUUCAUAAUGAUAUGAAUACUAGCCCAAAUUGCCCAUCACUGCUAUUACAGUAGUGGCCAAAAUUUUGGAAACCUUUUGGGAAAAGUGCAUUUUUGAGGUUUUAUGGCUAAUAACACCACUUUUUUUUUUUCUUUGAGUUUUAAGAUAAUCAUAUUCCACUGCUGGAAUGGCCUGGGACUAGCUCAGACCUUAACUCAGUUGAAAAUCUAUGGAGCCGACUAAAGAAACUUGUUAGUCAGAAGCGACCCAGCAAUAAAAUCCAGUUAAUAGAAGCAAUCAUUCAAUCUUGUUUCAUAUUAUAACAGCUGCAGAAUUAAAAGACUUGGUUCACUCCAUGGGAAGAAUUCACGCUAAAGGUUACCUAACUAUUAACUGACUUGAUAAUUUUUGUAUAUCUCAUUUUUUCUACGUGUUUCACUUUUCUUCUUUAUGCUGUAACUGCUAUUCUAUUAGCAAAUCCUUCAUAAAAGUUAUUGCAUUACAUUCUUGAUUAAAUUAUCUUUCCAUUGAUAUAUAAUUUUAUGGUACCACUCCAAAAAAAGUGGUGUUAUUAGCUAGUUUUAGAAAAUACACUUUUCCCAAAAGGUUUCCACAAUUUUGGCCACUACUAUAUAUAAUCAGUGUUAGAGAAGGAACUAGCUCUGUUACUAAGCCAGAAACUAGUAUAACCCUCGUUUAAUGACACUAUUCAUACCAAGCUACCUCCAUUAUUCUACCAUAUUACAUCUAUCUUCAUUCUUGCCCGUUCUUAUUGUCCAGAUAUUGUUGCCAUUUCCUAAAUAUGCAUGAUCAGUACAGAUAACCUGAAUGGAACAUAAUCCACUCCAGCUCAAGCAUGAAUAUUCAGUGAAUUUAUAUUCUGCAUGGCCGAUACUCAGAUUAAUAUGAAUAUGUAAUUGUUUUGGGAGUUAAUUGGAUAUUAAUAUGGUUUAUUAAGCAAGGUUUGAACUGUAUGCUUAUGCAAGGCUUUUUUUCCAAAGGUCAGAUUUUGCUACUAUUCCACAGAGAACAGUGAUAUAUCCUGUUCUUCUCAGGCUACCAAAUACUUCAGUCAUUUAAUACCUUUAAAUAUUAAUUCAGACAUUUACAAUAAUUCCAAGGAGGAAAAGGGCAAUUGCAGCUCCUUCAUUUUGAGAAUAUUUGUCUUUCCUAGAACAGUAUUUUUAUUAACUUAAAAUACUUGUCAAGUUAAUAAAAUUAAUUAGUGUAAUUUAA